AUGCGGCUCUACCUCCUGGUGAGCUGCCUGGUUUCCUGCAGCGCCCCGGGCCAAGUCGAGUACUCCAUCGCCGAGGAGACGGAGCGCGGCGCGCCGGUGGGCAACGUCGCCCGCGACCUGGGCCUCGACGCCGCCGCCCUGCCCGCCCGCAGGUGCCGCCUGGUCGGCGGCGCCGGGCGGGCCUACUUUAGCCUGGAGGCCGGCAGCGGCGCGCUGGCGGUGGGCGAGCCCGUGGACCGCGAGCAGAUCUGCCCGCUGCAGCCCUCCUGCGCGCUGAGCUACGAGCUGGUGCUGGAGAGCCCGCUGGAGCUGCACAAGCUGCGCGUCCGCAUCCUGGACGUGAACGACCACGCGCCCCGCUUCCCGCUGCCCGAGUACCACGUCGGCGUGGCCGAGUUCCUCUCGCCCGGCGCCCGCUUCGCCCUGCCCAGCGCCCAGGACCCGGACGAGGGCUCGCACGGCGUGCAGGGCUACUCGCUCAGUCCCGACCCGCACUUCGGCCUGGCCAUGCAGACGCGCGGCGACGGCAGCAGCUACCCGGAGCUGGUGCUGGAGAAGCCGCUGGACCGCGAGCAGCAGGCGGCGCACCGGCUGAGCCUCACCGCGCACGACGGCGGCAGCCCCGCGCGCUCCGGCAGCGCCCAGGUGCUGGUCACGGUGCUGGACACCAACGACAACGCGCCGGCCUUCGAGCACUCCGUCUACCGCGCCAGCGUGCUGGAGAACUCCCCGGCCGGCACGCCGGUCACGCAGGUGCGCGCCACCGACCCCGACGAGGGCGCCAACGGCCAGGUGCGCUACGCCUUCAGCAACAGCACGCCGCCGGAGCUGCGCCGCCUCUUCGGCAUCGACCCGCAGAGCGGCGCGGUGAUCCUGCGCGGCGCCCUGGACGGGCAGGCGCCGCCGCCGCCGCUGGAGCUCUUCGUGGAGGCGCGCGACGGGGGGCUCUUCGGGCUGUCCAGCGUGGCCAAGCUGCUGGUGGACGUCACCGACGUGAACAACCACGCGCCGGAGAUCGUGGUCACGUCGCUCUCCAGCCCGGUGCCCGAGGACUCGCCGCUGGGCACGGUGGUGGCGCUGCUGAGCAUCACCGACCGCGACCCCGGCCAGAACGGGCGCGUGGUCUGCCGGGUGCCGCCGCAGCUGCCCUUCCAGCUGAAGGCCUCCUUCGACAGCUACUACACGCUGGUCACCAGCGGCCUGCUGGACCGCGAGCGGGUGGCCGAGUACAACGUCACCCUGACGGCCUCCGACCUGGGCUCGCCGCCGCUGGCCACGCGGCAGACGCUGCGCCUGCAGGUGGCCGACGUGAACGACAACCCGCCGCGCUUCCUCACCCAGCGGCGCGAGGUGGCCGUGGCGGAGAACAACCGGCCGGGCGCCUCGCUCUUCCACGUGUCAGCCUCCGACCCGGACCUGGGCGAGAACGGGCGCGUCUCGUACCUGCUGCGCGACAUCGACAUCCAGGGCCGCGCCCUCUCCAGCUACCUGGCCAUCGACGCCGAGGGCGGCACGGUCUACGCCAAGGGCGCCUUCGACUUCGAGCGGCUGCAGAGCUUCCACUUCCAGGUGGAGGCCCAGGACCACGGCACGCCCGCCCUGGCCGCCGCCUUCCUGGUCAGCAUCACCGUGCUGGACGAGAACGACAACGCGCCCGUCAUCCUCUUCCCGGCGGCGCCCAACGGCUCGCUGGCGCUGGAGGUGGUGCCGCGCCUGGCCGAGGCCGACUACCUGGUCACCAAGGUGGUGGCCCACGACCCGGACAGCGGCCAGAACGCCUGGCUGACCUUCCAGCUGCUGCAGGCCUCCGACGCCGGCCUCUUCCGCGUGUCGCCCGGCGGCGGCGAGGUGCGCACGGCCCGCGCGCUGCGCUCCAGCGACGCCCUCAAGCACAAGGUGGUGGUGCUGGUGAAGGACCGCGGGGAGCCGCCCCGCUCGGCCUCGCUCACGCUGGGCGUCCUGCUGGCCGACGCGCUGCCGCAGGCGCUGCCGGACUUCGACGACGGCCCCGCCGCCCGCGGCCCGCCGCUCUCCCGCCUCAACUUCUACCUGCUGGUCUCGCUGGGCUGCCUCUCCGGCCUCUUCUUGGCCUUCCUCCUGCUCCUGCUGGCCCUGCGCCUCCUCCAGUGCCGGCCCGGCCCGGCCCGGCCCUGCCCCUGCUGCUGCUGCUGCCCGGGCGAAGCGCCCGACAAGUACCGCUACAACGUGCGCAUGCUGCCCGGCUCCCACUUCAGCCCGGAGAUGGUCGAGAUCGCCGGCAUGGGCAAGCUGACGCACACCUACCUAUACCGGGCGGCGCUGGGCGUGGGGCCCAGCAAUAACAACCUGGUGCCCAAUGGGGACGCUGCCGGCAACCUGGCCAAAGGGGCCCCCGGACUGUUACAGGUGCCCACGCCCUGCAUCCAGGUGCAGAAGGUGAAGAGCGACCACUUUAACGCCAUUCUGGUGCCAAAACCACCCAAUCCUGAUUGGCGUUAUUCUGCGUCCUUAAGAGCUGGUAUGCAAGGUGCCGGGCACAUGGAGGAGGCCGGAGGCUUACGUGGAGGGCCAGGAGGACCAGAGCAGCAGUGGCCAACAGUAUCCAGCGCAACAACAGAACCCGAAGCUGGCGAGGUGUCUCCCCCUGUAGGAGCUGGCGUGAACAGCAACAGCUGGACCUUUAAAUAUGGGCCUGGCAACUCCAAGCCGCCUGGUCCCGAAUCUAAAAAGCAGACACAAGUUUCUUUUCUCCUACGCCGAAAAGGAGACUCUUCACAAUACAGCCAGUGAGAGGUUGGACUCUUUGCUUGUGGUUCCUGUGAUCCUGUCUUUGAUAACACUUAUUUGGGGUGGGGUGGGGAAGCUUAAACAUUUUUGGUAUUGUAUACCCUGUAUCUGACUGGAAACCUUCGUGUGCUGAUUAUUGGCUAGGUGAUGCAAGAUCAUAUUAAGAUGACACAAGAAGAGCUUGUAAAACAUGAACAAAGGAAAUUCCUUGUGAAUAUGAUAUGCGGCCCGGGGAACCAAACUUAAAGUUUGCAAUUAGACUUUUCAUAAUACGUAAGACUUAGUGUUUAGAACGCUGGAGCUUUUAUAUAUUUUAUAUACCUACUCCAGCAAGAAAAGAAGGCUCAGACAACUCUUAAGACACACCAUGAAGUGUAUCUUCUUCCAAGCCAUUGGCCGUAUCGCCACAAUAAGGCCUUCGUUCUCCUCGCAAGGAUGUCCCUCAGGGAACGUCUGCAUGGCAAACCACCCACGCUCUUGGCUCAGCACGUUGAGUGCUAAAAUAGAAAGUGUGGGAUAUUACUUUCUCUCUCUCUCUUUCUCUCUCUUUCUCUCUCUGUCUAAACACAACCCCCACCCCAACAGGAACUUUGGGAGGUGGGUUUUCCCUUGCUCACAUCUCGUAUUAAGCUGUGUAGACAGCACCGGUCCUGCCGGACCCUGGCAUGCGUGUCCCGUGGGGAGGGGUUGGAUGUCUAUCCAGGAUACAUCCGAUGCCUUUGGAAACCACUGUGCAGACAUGCCCUCGGAGUUGAACAAGGGAAAGAAGGGCUCACAUCUCAGGAAUGCGACUGACUGUGAUGUUUCCUUUAUGUCCUUGUUUCCACUCUAGUUAACAUUCUUUUGCACAUAACAUCUCUGAAAAGGUCAGAGUAUUCUCCACAACACAUAUGCAAAAGUGAGGGGGGGGGGGGAAAACCAAAAAAAAGAAAAAAAAGAAAAAAGAAAGAAACCUUAUCUAUGCUAUUUGUCAUUUGAUAUCUUUAUUUAUAAAGGGAAUAUAAAAUGUAAAUGAAGAAGAAAUAGGAUGUCCUUUAACCCAAACUGAAGUAAAUUUACAGCCAUUAGAGAAUAUAAUUGCUGCUAAUGAAGUGCUUUAGAAAAAAAUUGCCUGAAACAUCUGUAUUAUAUCUGCCAAUCACAGCU